UUAGUUAUGCAAGAAUUGAGAUGAUUCUAGGCAUCAUGGGGAUAUUUUCCUCUCUGUUUGUAUGAGACUCAUAGCAUAUUUUUCAUUCAACAAAGCUUCAGAUUAUUCAUUAUUGGUUUACUGUUUUAUUGCUUGCUAUUCUAUUUGCUGGUUUCUACUAUUCUGUUUUCUGGGUUCUACAGAGAUUGUAGAUAGGUCCUAUUAUACUUAAAUUUCACCAAAAUAUAAAAAAUUAAAUGUCAUGACGAAAGAGAAUGUAAAAGAUAGUGCAAUGGAAAGUUUUUCAAUACAAAUCACCGCCACACCAACCAAAUUAAUUAUUGGCAUUCUCCCAUGUUUAAGCAUAGGUUUUUUUAUAGUAUCUUGCUUUGACACAUAAAAUAUAUGUAUAAAGAGAACAAAAAGAGUAUCUCUUUCUAAUUAUAAGCUGGUUUAAAAGAUCUAUUGGUAGUGAUUUCCCUCGACUUUAGAGCGUAGGCCAAGAGGAAACAGGUCAUACAGGUACGUUCAAACUGGUCUAUAUCAUUUCUCGAGUGAUAUGCAAGAUCUAUUGCCAUCUUACUCUAAUGGGUAAUCAUUGCUUCAUCGUUUUCCACUGGCUGAAGAAUGGCACCUGAGCCAGUCAACGUGAAUGAGUUCAAAGAAUUGGCUAGGCAGGUUCUUCCCAAAAUGUACUUUGAUUAUUAUGCUGGAGGAGCUGAGGAUGAGAAUACAUUAAGAGAGAACAUCGAGGCAUUUCAAAGAAUCAAGUUACGGCCUAGAGUUCUUGUAGAUGUUAGCAGAAUAGAUAUGUCAACAACUGUAUUGGGUUACAAAAUCUCAGCCCCCAUAAUGGUUGCUCCAACUGCUUAUCAUCAGUUAGCUCAUCCUGAAGGGGAGGUAGCUACAGCCAGAGCAGCGGCUUCAUGUGACACCAUCAUGGUUUUAUCAUACAUGUCUAACUGUACUGUGGAAGAGGUUGCUUCCAGCUGCAAUGCUGUUCGAUUCUAUCAGUUAUAUGUUAAUAAGAGACGGGAUGUAUCAGCACAGCUGGUGCGGAGAGCUGAAAGAAAUGGAUUCAAGGCUAUUGUCUUGACAGUUGAUGCUCCUAGACUUGGUCGGAGAGAGGCAGACAUAAGGAACAAAAUGGUUGCACCUCAGAUGAAGAAUUUUGAAGGCCUUAUGUCUGCUGAAGUUCACACUGUGAAUGGGGAUGAUGGCUCAAAGCUUGAAGCUUUUGCUAGAAAAACUUUUGAUGAUUCCUUAUGUUGGGAGGACCUAAAAUGGUUGAGAUCCAUCACAAACCUGCCCAUUCUGAUCAAGGGAGUGCUUACUCAUGAAGAUGCAAGAAAGGCAGUUGAAGCUGGAGUUCAUGGGAUUGUGGUCUCUAAUCAUGGAGCUCGCCAGCUAGAUCACACUCCUGCCACUAUCUCUGUCUUAGAAGAGGUUGUUCAAGCUGUUGGAGGAAAAGUUCCUGUUAUUGUCGAUGGAGGAAUUCGGCGAGGAACAGAUGUCUUUAAGGCUUUAGCCCUUGGAGCACAAGCUGUACUUAUUGGGAGGCCAGUUAUCUAUGGCCUGGCAGCAAUGGGGCAACGCGGGGUGAAAAGUGUGAUUGAAAUGCUGAAGAAUGAGUUUGAGCUCACUAUGGCCCUGUCUGGCUGUCCUGCACUAAAACAUAUUACCAGGAGUCAUGUGAUGACACAGCGUGACAGUCUCCAUUCAAAGCUUUAAUUUCCUUUUAAAGAAUUAGUUAUAAAUGGAAGUUUAGAAUUUCUGGAUUUGUUUUGAUCAUAGACAGAGUAUUUGGGCUAUCAGAUCUUGCAACCUCAAAAACACUGUUUGGUUUUGAUGAUAUUUGGGCUAUCAGAAUUUCAAGAUUUGUUUGGAUCGCAGACAGAA